UAAUGUGUUCUCGAGCUGAUGGGACGGCUUGCACAGGAGUUAUCCGAUUCCUUCUAUCGUAACGUACCGAAAUAUGGAAAAAUUACCAGUAGACUGCCGGACUGUUCAUCACGUCACACAUAUCAGAAAUGCUUCGGUCAAUGUUGCAUCGUCUGCUGUACCUUCAUGUGUCUUGGCUAUUUUGUGGUCCUCCGCUCUCAGCCGUCAGUCGUUCUGCAGGACUGUGAAGUGCGACAGAGAGAACAAGCCCUUGUCUUUAUCGGGGGACAUCCAAGGAGUGGAACCACAUUACUACGCAUCAUGUUAGAUGUCCACCCAAUGAUCCGAUGCGGUCCAGAGACACAUGUCUUACCGGCACUACUCACUAUGGUCAAAAAAUUCGAGAAAGGUUUUCAAAAGCAACGGUUGGAAGCAGCACAUCUGUUUCCCGAUCCGCUCUACCGGGCUUCAUCCGCCUUUGUCAGCAGUCUCAUUGAUGCGGCCGGAUCCCCAGCUCCGGUCUUGUGUAACAAGGACCCUUUGACGUUACAGCACAUUAGUCGUUUACGGAUGAUGUUUCCCAAAGCAAAAUUUAUUCACAUCGUUCGAGACGGCCGGGCGGUCACAAACUCAAUGAUUAAACGGAAGAUUCGCAUGAGCAGCGUCAUCACUGACCCGCAGAAAUUAUUCACCCGGUGGGAGAGAAUCGUCCGUGAUGUGGAUCAGCAGUGCUCUGAUACGGACAAGUGCUUCACGGUUCUCUACGAGGAUCUUGUACUCAGACCAAACGAUACGAUGCACAAACUGUUAAGCUUCCUCGACGUUCCUUGGGAUCCUAUUGUGCUUCACCACGAAACUGCAAUGAUAAAUGAGACGCUGGUCAACACUAUGGAGCCCAGCAGCACACAAGUAGUCCAUCCUAUUCACACCGAAGCGCUGUCUUCCUGGGCAUCCAACUCCUCAAAACUCCCAAGGACAUUCAUUCAGCGAGUUCAUCUAGACAGCGACAUGCUUCGCAAAUUCGGCUAUGCUGAUCGUGGUAUUCCUCCGUUUUAUGGAAGGGCCGAACCGGAAAUCGAACUACAGACUAAACAGUUGAGGAAGGAUGAGGAUUUUCUUAAAGUUUUCUCUUAACUUGGUUGAACUUCUCUUAUUCUUCUAUUGUGAUAUGUUCCAGAGGCGAUCUGUUUUCGCAUAAACUUUCUCCUACAGUUUGAAUACUUUUUCUGAAGUGAUGUUGCACUCCCCCUCCACCCCAUCAAUGGCUGUGAAUUUCUACCCCCCGAGUGAUGUGAAAAAAUUGUGUUCC